GGAAUCCUUGCUGAGUUUUGGAGAAGCUAGAAUUUUAGAUUGAUCUGCAGUUUUGUGGACUUGGAUAUAUUGCUUGUCUUCCUUGAUUUCAAAAUUUCUAAUACAGAUUUCAGCUGAUUUAUCAGUUCAUCGUUAACCACAAGAGGGAUCACAUGAGUUUAAAUUGUGUAUUCAGGCGAUAUUAUUAGUAACACAUUGGUUUAAAGCAGACGACAGUAUUUCGGUUGAUCGUUUCAUAAACCAACCUGCCUUCCAUGUGUUUGAUUGUUCAACAGAAAGAGUACAUUUUCAGAACCUGUACCCUCUUUAUACCGAGAGUAAAAAAGAAUGAACAAGUUCAGCAUGCUCCUUCAGUUGAUCUUGAUGAAACAAACUGUACCGUGAGAGUUUAUCAGGGUUCUGUGUUUUUUAAAAUAAGUUCGUCAGACCCAAAAGACAUAAUAAACAUCCAGGCAAAUGGGAAAUGGGUAGCAGACUAUAACACAGAGGCUGUACUCAGGGACGAAGACGAUAAAAAGUAUUUUCAUGUGUCUUUGACUCCUAGCGGAGCAUGUGUUUUUAUAAUUUAUAAUUUCGAUGGAAAUAUCUUUAGUGUUAGUAUUACAUCAGCUACAUCGACCUUGACAGAAGUCUCAAUUCAAGGAAUACCUAUCACAAGCUGCUUCAGCCCUUCGCUCGUUGCUUUAAAUCUGAAAGGGAAAGUAGAGUGCCACCAAAAGAAACCCGGAACGAUGACGGAUGACGGAUUACCAGUUUGGGUUAUAGUUCUGCUUGUAUUGCAAUUUGUGGCAAUACUUAUUUGUAUUGCAAUUGUUGCAAUUGUGGUUUAUAAAGGAAAAGAAGGGAAAGACAUCAAAUCCUGUACCGAGGAUGGCCUAAGGAAAAAUAAACAACAACAACCUUUUUUAACUGAAACCAACCCGAAAACACAACACUCAAGUUCUCCAACCAGGAAACGCAUUAAUCAUAGGAAGCGGUAAUUUAAUUCUUUGUGAGAUCUUCCUUAUUGAAUGGACAAAAACCAGCCAAUCAGUGUUUUUAUUCACAGUAAACCUAUUACACUUGCUCUGUACACAUGUUUUUCAAUACGCGAAUCUACACUGUGUAUUAUUAUCUACAGUAAUGGAAAUAACACACAAUUGUAUGGCAUAUAUAAUAGUUAGAUGACAUGAAGUAAAUUCUUAAUGAAUAAGAAGGGGCGGUGUGAUCGUAGCGAACGAGUUAUUCUUUUAAUCAAGAAACUACGCCAGGUCAUUUAAUUAAACAGACUUAGAAUAUAACCUCAUUGGCUGACACACUUUCAACGCAUAAUCUGACGCAGGGAUUGUGUAUCGGAUGAGUGGCAGUAGGCGGACUUUAAGCACGCGUGAAAGGUUAAUGCAUAAGUCUAGUACUUCAUGUAGGUUGUAUUUUAAACCAUAGUGAUGAUUAUGGGCUCUUAGUACGAAUAAGACGACCAUUUUGUUCUUUGUUCACUAGUAUACUCAAUCUGUUAGGUUUUACUUAUGUAUUUUACUUUUGUAUUUGAAUUAAAUAUGUGUGUAUUACUAAUGCUAUAAGUUGUACUAAGUGUUUGCUAUUUUAUAAGUUUUCUUAAUAACACUUUUAAUCGUAUUGUUAUUAAAACCUUCGAACAAUGUGAUAUACAAUCACAUAUAAAUUCCUUAAAUGGGUGUUUUAUUUAAUGACUGAUUGAAUUUGAACAUUCAAAUGUUUUCAUGACGAAUAUGUAUAUAUUUAGAUAAUGUUCACCUUUGCGUAGCAAUGAUAUUAUAAACAAUUAAAUUUAAAUGGGCAUCGCAUUGUAUUAUACUAUGUGCAACACUAGUCUGUUAACUUAUUUAUCUAGUGGAUUUUCGUUGCAAACUAUAAUUCAGAGAUUAUUCAGAUGAUGACAAAGUAUUUUAAUGAUUGUGUGGAUGUCGUUUUAGAUAUUUUAUUUUUUAUGCACUAUCAGUUCUCUAGUUUUGGUCCUUCAGGAUAUGGUAAUCGAAAGAAUUCGUGAUUCACUGUCCGUCCAAAAGCUAUCAUUUAUUGAUAAAGCUGUGGUUUUCUGUAGUGUUUGUAAGUUAUUUUGUGUCUCUGGUUCAAAUAUAUGUUUUUUGUUCUAGUAGUGUGCAUUUAAACAGUAUUUAUCAUUCAAUAUUGAACUAAUGGACUUCUCCAAGUAAUUGUCAUUGUAUAAUUAGUCAUUCUUGACAGUUGGGCCAUUUCUUUGCUGUCUAGGAAGUGAAACCGAAACUACCGGUACAUGUCUUUAAUAUAGUUUGUGCUUAAAAUAUUCAUAAAUUUUUAACGUAUUAAAAUAUUGUUCGCGUUUUAAUUACAGUAUCAAAGACGAAAGACAUGGAAUCACUUAAAAACACCGUCAGUAUUGCAACAUUUCUAAAUAUACUUUUUUGCUCAACAUUUACAAAAUAUAUGUAUACAUCAGAAAUAUAUUGAUAUUGACUAGAAUGUAUUAAUGUUGGUUUAAAAAACCGAAAUGGUACACUUGAAACUACUCAUUUUGAAUGCCAUCUUAGAUUCAUAUUUAUCAAUCAUUACUGUGUUUUGUUAUAAUGGACAACAUAUAAACAAGAGAUAGAUCUAGCAAAACAAAGCCAAAAUUAAAAACGGUUUCGGGGUAAAUAUUUACAAUCAGAUGAACUAGUGCAUGUUCAAGAGGUAAUUGGUUGUGUUUAUUGUACUUCUAUUUAAUUAACAAGUGUUGUACAUAAACAUUUUUAAACCAUCAAUUUUCAUUGGUAGCUACACGUUUAUGUCAUGGUAUUAAAUGCUCAGCACUCCGAUAUAACAGUAUUUAUUUACUAAUAAUUUAAUAGUUUUGUAACCAUUGUGUUUUUUAGUUAUGACUUGAUUCAUUGUGUCAUUAUGUCUUUCAUGAAAAUGAAUGUAACUUAUGGAAUUUUUAUCAUCAAUAGUUUGU